ACAUGUUUUGCACGGCGUUCAGUCAUGUGAAACCUCCGGAUCCACGAAACAUCCACGCAGCGCGCGAGAUAACUUUAUCCCGAUUCUAAGAAUAACUCGAGACGAAUUACCUAUGGAAUAGGGUGUGUAUGGGGUAUGCCUUCUCUGUCCCCUUUAUCCUCUUGGACAAAAGCUAUAUCACAUGGUAUUACAGGCGGGAGGGGGGAACAAGGGAUAUAAUUUGCUAAUACGAGUAGUCGCGGUCGUGUUUGUUUAUUCUAUCAAAACCAGACGACGAUUUCAGUACAUAUCGAGUAUUGGCAAGAUUUACGACAUUACUCUUUACCUUGAGAACAUUUACGGUCGCUACUGCAUACAAAAAAGUAUCAAUGAUCACUUCCACCAUAUUUUGACAUAAUCGUCUUAAAGAUGAGAAGUAGGCUGGAUUUCCGCCGUCUCCCGGGUCCGGUCUUUGAUCCUCCCCGAAGAGAGACCACAGUCAGUCAUUCACAACAAACAAUCAAACAAAAGGCUGUGUUCCCUCGAACUCUAGAAUUUCGCCUAGUGUCUCCGCGCCGUCGAGAUCUCCUCGCCAUGCGAUGGUCAAGGAAGCAGGAAAGGAAGGACUUUCUGUUUUGAUGUGAUAAUUUCUGCGACAAUCUUUACCAGACGAAAAUCUGCAGGCGGUAACAUGAUUGGCUUAAACCAACAAAGGAAAUCGCACGCGUCCAGCCGCUCUUUCGGGGGAUGAGUGUGGGCUCAUUUUCCCGAACAGCGGCUGGUAAUCGAGCCUAGAUGAGAAGGUCUUCAUUUUCGGUUUGUUAGGAUAAACAACCUCAACCGCAAUUUCUACCACUGGUAAUUUUUCUUUAAUUGUUCGUCCCCCUGAGAAACCACGUGACAUCGCUUUUAUCCUAUCAGUUCUGAAGCGCGUGCAAAGAUGGCGUGCAUCGUGAUUAAGGUCUAUAGAAUGCAGCACUGUGUAAUUGUAUUAAAAAAUGAGCGGUCAAAACCUCUUGUGUGUCACGUAUUGAGCAAAUUUUGCAAUUUAAAGUUUUCCAGCAAGAUAAUAUCGUUCAAAUGAGCGAAAUAUGUUAUCGCUGAAAUUAACGCCCUAUAUUUUAUCAUUAAAGCGCUCUUUCAUAACACACUUCAGUCUACCCGCUGCAGUGCCAGCUCGUGAAUUUUUGCAUCUGCUUCAAUGCUCAGAGAACAUACUUCUUCACGCAAGCUGUUAUUUUGUCAUCUACCAGCAAUUUCUUCGCUCCUAUUGCCGCGCUUUGCAGUAACAUGCGACCGCAAAUAAAAAAAUAUAACUACCGUUUACAUUUUUCGCCUCCGUCACCCACUCUAACGGCAGACCCUUUGGGAAACAUGUCCUUUCUUUAGAGGGAGUUCAAAAGGUGAUGUCUGUAAGUUGCAAUUAGUUGAUUUCGAUCCAUGUUGAUUAUUUCGUUUCGGGGUAGUUAUGACUGACAACUAACUUUCUCGAAAUGUAUUCUUAUUAACCUGUAAUCCGAUUUGUCAACUUUGUGUAGGUAGCUCCGGUUAUAGUAGUCGCAUAGUAAGUUUGGUUGCAAUUUCUAAAACUUCCAUAUUAUUAAAAAUUACUGAAACAAGAUUUGAUUUAGCCUUAAUUUCAUACGAUUGCUUCGAGUCUCUUUCUCCUCUCUGCAACGUCUGAAUCGACCGGCCAAUAAUGCCCUCCAGUGACGUCACUACCCAAGAACCGGGUGGUGACUUUGAUUGGUUGAUUGUCAAAACAUUCGCAUAAUUAUGUAUAGUUAUGAGAAAUUUUAGCGGGAUUGUCGCUUGAUGUUCAGUGGAUCGCAUUGGUGGUAUGCUUCUGUGGAGUUCAAACAUUUCCAUAAUCUUUAUCGUGAACAACAAAAUUGCCCGGCCAGGUCUUCGAAACUGAAAUGCUAAAUUGAACUGCGAAUGAAGAAUCAUUACGGAGAGUCGGUAGAUUUUUUCUUUAGAGCCGCUUUGUGGUUUCGGCAGUGGUUUGUUUAUGAGAAGUUAGUUCUGACAUUGAAGUUAUAAUUCGUCCUUCUUGUCAUUUCCACCGUCAAGUGUAAUGAUUCUGUUAGCUUUUCUCUCUUGCUUCCUUGUUUUCGUUUUUCUUCGUUAAGGACCAAAUAGCUUCUUUUCAAUUAAGGCAAAUCGUUGUGUUUUUGAACUAAGUGUUCCGUGUGUGUAUUUAUUUCAUUGCGUGAUUGCGAUCGAGGUUGAUUAUUGAAUUACUACUGGUUCAGAGAACUGCAUGCAGUUGACAGUUUGAACGUUAAACAUGAACUACGAUCGAAAAUAGUAAUAAAAGCAAUUCUGUAUCAUGUAGACAUUUCCAAACGAUAUUUCUUGUUUUACCACUUGAAAAUCGUGUUUUACUUUUGCAAGAAUAGGCCAUUUGCACGAUGGCGUCGUUUUACUACUAUGACCAGAAUCCAUUUCGUUUUUCCUUUCAAAUUCAAAUUUAGUAAUCCAAGCGAGGUUUAAAUAACAAGACCCCUAAUUUGCACAAGAAAGCAAAAACCUGAAGGAUUCUCACUGGUCUUAGUAGUCAAAUGACGUCAUCGUGCAAAUGGCCUAUUGAAGCAAAAGAGUAGUGACUUCAUUGGACGGCAUUAAAGGCCGGUCGAUUCAGACGUUGUUGAGAGGAGAAAACGACCCGAAGCAAUCGGAUGAAAAUUCAGGCUAGAUUUGAUUCUUCUGAAUGAAAAUUUUGUUCGCAGUCUGUGUGCCACACGUGCAUGUGAACACUUUGAAUUAUGCGUUCCUCUUUUAUCCAGUUAUGAAUACAGUCGAACCUCCCGUAAGCGACUCAAACUGCAAAGACUGCAAAGAGUUCCACAGGGGGGCUCUUCCGAGAAGAGGUCCAAGCGCAUCUUCUUUACGGAAGAUAAUUUAUUGCAUGUUGCUAAAGUUUUUGGUAUAUUCUAAGUAGCAUAAUGCACACAGCGAACAUAGAGAUCAGAGAACGCGUCAAGUGGUCGCUUACAAGAGGUUAAAAACAAUAAAAAAUCAUUCAACUUUCGGGCCAAAAAAGUGGUAGCGGCCGCUUACAGGAGGUGGUCGUUUACUAGAGGUUCCAACUGUAAGGCUUUGACUGAGAAAGUUUUGGUGUUUUGGAUUGGCGGUCGUUUAUGUGAGGUGGUCGUUGACGAGAGGCGGUCACACAUGAAGGUUCGACUGUAUCUCCUUUAUUAACCUGUCUAUAUCAGUCGUUGCACUUCGAGCAUACGCUUUACAUUUCAAAUUAUUAGGUCUUUGUACUGAUAAAUUCAUCACACAAAAGCAGAAAGCAAACCUUUUCUAGAUUUUGAAUGCUUUUUCUUAAAUUCCCUCAUUAUCUUUUACAGGAAUCCCCCUUCCUCAACGCUGGGAUCAAAUGCCCCGUUAUAAUCGAGAUGUACAUCUAGUUUCACUUCCGAAAAAUUGUCCUGAGUUCGGAGAAGUGUCUCAGAUGUUUUUCGCCACCGUUGAGGGAGUUACUAUUACCAGCAUCGAACGUAUUCAGAAUCCCUGGCUAUAUCAAACCUACAUUCUAACAAAAGAGAAAGUGGAUAAAAACAAUGGUGGGAAAAACGAGCGCCGACUUUUCCACGCCACGACAUUUGAGCGCGUCAAGUUCAUCAAUUCUCAGGGAUUCAAAAGAAACCAAAAUAGGGAACACGGUGAGUUGAUAUGAAUGAGUUUCAAUGAUGCUGGAGGCCCGUGACGUCACCAACAAUGGUCGCCGUCUUGGCCGCUUUCUUGGAUUUUACCAAGAAUUACAAAUCAGGUUAAAACCGCCAGAAAUGGUAAUUUUUUUGUGCUUUAAAUGGAAAAUAACACAUAAAUAAGCACUGCAUGAUUUUAGCCACACGAUUUAAUUUCAUUGGUGAAAGAAGUUGAAAAAACAUGUAUUUUCACUUAAAAAUGGCUUGACCACCUAUGGCUACUACUUUUGACGUCUUAUCUCGUUACUAUAGAAACCUUGUCUCAAAAUGUGCGCGAGCCCGGAGUAGUCAAUCGAUAAAAAUCGGUAUCAAUCAAGCGAUUUUUAUCGAUUGAUAACGGAAAUCGGUGAAAAUCGAUAAACAAAAUUGCUGUGUCAAAUCGAUAUUAUCGAUUUUUCAUGAUUUUAACGACUUAUAACGGAAGUCCACCAAUAUUGUUUUUUGGCAUAAGUUACAUAGUACAGUUGAGAAAACACGUCCACGAGCAACAACUGAUCAAUAAACAUGAAAAUGAGAAAUGUGGAAACUAUUGCACACACAAGUUUCUCUGUAAAACUCUUUUUUGUACAUAAUGACAAAAAUGGUUUGGUUUAUUUAUAAUUACAUUCAGUUCUCGCAGGCAAGUAUCACGAGAAAUACAACCUUAGUAAAGAUUUCCUAGCCUAAAUUCCUUCAUACAUCCUCUCGAGUAGAAGGGAUGUCUGAAAUUCAUUCGUAGAUUUUCCUAGAUCGGUUCUCACCGUUUCCUUUAUCAAUCGAUAAAAUCACUUGAUUGCUAUCGAUUUUUAUCCAUUGACUACUCCGCAAUGUAACCACACCCGGAACUACACCGACGUUAUUUUGAAAGGGUGGCAGGUCUAAAUCGUGAAAAACUGGGCGCCUACAAACCAGAAAAAGAUUUUAAACUUGGUUUUGAAGAAAAGAUAAGAUUUUUCAGAUUUUUUAAAAAGAUUUUCUAAAAAGGAUAUAAUUGUUUGAUUCUUCGACUCUCAAUUGCAACUCAAUUGUCGACAAAUUUACUGUUUGCAUGAAAUCAGUUUUCAUUUUUGGAUGAACAGAUAGAUAUAUCUUCCGAUAUAAAUCGAUGAAAUCGGUAAAAGAUCAAGAAAAUCGACAAAAGAAACGAGUGUGUCACAGAUUUCUACAGAUUGAUCUAUACAAUCGAUACCAAUCAAAUCAGAUUUACCGAUUUUUAUUGAUUUAUCGAUUGAUAAACCGAUACCGAUUUUUACCGAUUGACUACUCCGGGGCGCGAGGGAUAAACGAACAGCUACGAAAAACUUCAGGUGUUGAUGUUUAAUCCUCUAGGAAAAACUAGGAAAAACCUUAGAGGGGGGUUGGCAACCACCCCUACGACGGCCAGUUGACUGUUUAUUGCAGGAUUGACUCACUGUCUAUUGAACUACCUGUAUGAAUCAUGAGUGAACACAUGAUCGUGAUUGUAAUAGUGAUCAAUUCAGAGUUCAAUGGUUUGGUUCCUUAUUGGAGGACAAUCCUUGCACCUAAAGUCUUAGUGAAAUAAAAUACGACUGCAUGUGGCUUACUUUACUGAUAGCUUCACCUAGUUAAAUAAGGGAUGACGUCUGACAUUUGCAGACUUUAUACUAAAUUAAAUAAUAAUUUAGAAAUUAGUUCACCGUCUCAUAGCUGUGUCAUAGGUAAUCAGGGCAAGAUGGCGGGAAAUUCAAAGAUUUGUAUUGGAAUUCAAAGCCAGCUAACUCUUCCAGAAUUCAUAUAUUUGCCAUGUUCUCUUUGAAAAGAGUAACUCACGAGUUCAAAGAAACAAUACAGUACAUCUGGAGUGCAAAGAAGUCCGUGAUCAGUUUUAAGAAAAACAUCAAUUUUUCCAUACGUGAUCACGUGCUAAUUCCGAGUAACAUUCGAGGCCAUUCGAAACUAUCCUUGGCAAACGUUGAACAACCGACGAUGUUCCGAAACAAAAAAGCAGCUAACAUUGGCGAAUAUCGAAUCGAAAUCGGCAGAAUUCGUUGUGGGCUCGGAUUCUAUUGUUACCCUUACUCAACUUGAUAGCAUUGUGGCUUUCGCCUCUAAGAAGCAGUAAGGCCGCAAAAAUAGAUCUCGAACAUAGAGAAACCACUCGCCUGCAGCUUUUAGUUUCACUUGAGUUUUGAACAACUUAGUUUCAUUUCUAUCGUCGAUCAGUAGAAAUACAGACCAUGGAAAAUUGUUGUUGAUUUGUUAAUUCUAAAAAUGUUAUUGUUUUUUAUUAUUUUCUUAUUAUUAUAUUGGUAUUUGUUAUAGGAACUCGUUAUGGGAAAGGUGUCUAUUUUGCAAGAGACGCAAGUAAAAGUUUGCGCUACGCAGACCCAUUCGGUGGACAACGCUACAUGUACCUCGCCAGAGUCUUGUUUGGACGGUACUGUCAAGGUGAAAGAGAAAUGAAAGCACCCCCUCCAAUAAAUAGCACCGGGAGGCUAUACGACUCCACAGUUGACAAACCGGUAGAUCCUGAAAUAUUUGUGAUAUUUCACGACACGCAGUGUUACCCAGAAUAUCUAAUCACCUUUGAGUAG